CCUCCUACCAGCAGAGGGCGUCAUUCGGCAACCUUAAGCCGGUGCGUGCCGAGGCGACAGUUUGAGGGUGACGACGCAUGCGCGCGAUUUCCCGCUUUCCCACCCCCUCCACAACGCCAUGGCGGAAUCCCCUACGCUGAAAAGGAAACGGGAGGAGAAGGAGGGUGAGAAUGGGACGGUUGAGUCCCAAAAGGAAGGUACUACCGCCGCUGGGUUCCCUUUGGCGGACCUCUCUGUGCGGAAGGUGCUCAGGGAGUCUGCGCGGGACAAGACCAUCUUCCUACACGGCCAGGUGAAUAGUGCUUCUGGGGAUGGGACUGAUGCCGUGGUGAUUUUGGAAAAGACUCCCUUCCAGAAAGAGAGCAUUUCCGAGCUCCUUAAGAAACACACAGAGCUACAGCUUCAAAUGUCCAAUGACAUCUACAGCACCUACCACCUGUACCUUCCGCCAGAGCUCAAUGAGAUAAAGACAACCGUGGUGUACCCAGCAACGGAGAAACAUCUUCAGAAAUACCUGCGCCGAGAAGUGUAUCUUAUCCAGGAGACUGGGGCUGAUUACGAGAACAUUACGCUGCCUUUUAUUGAAUCACAGAGCUUCAGCAUUCAGUGGGUGUACAACAUCCUGGAGAAGAAGGCUGAGGCCGACCGAAUAAUCUACGAAAACCCAGAUCCCACUGACGGUUUUGUUCUCAUUCCUGAUUUAAAAUGGGAUCAAAAGCAGCUGGACGACUUGUACUUAAUUGCUAUCUGCCACUGCCGGGGAAUAAAGUCUCUGAGGGACCUCACUGCUGAGCAUCUUCCUUUGCUGAAGAAUAUCUCAAAAGAAGGGAAGGAGGCCAUAAUGAAGCGCUUCGGGGUUGCUGGGGCCCAGUUGCGAGUCUACCUGCAUUACCAGCCAUCUUAUUAUCACCUCCACGUACAUUUCACUGCCCUGAGCUAUGAUGCACCCGGAACCUCCGUGGAGCGAGCCCAUCUCCUUUCGGACGUGAUCGACAACCUGGAACUCGACUCCAGCUACUACCGGAAGCGCACCCUGACCUUUGCCCUCCGAGCUGAUGAACCCCUGCUGAAGAAAUUCCAGGGAGCUGGUCGAGUCUGAACGCUUUGCUGAGGACUGCUGGAUGAAGCGUAUCAACAUUUCCUAGGGAUAAUUUUAUAUGUUGUCUUUUAAGAUAUUUUCUUUAUGGUUUUUAUAAAGCUCCAGUUGCAUUUCCCAUCUGUUAUGGUUGUAUCGUUUUUCUAUUAAUAAAUGGCUAUGUCCAGCUGCAUUAUU